UUAAUAUAGCAGUUUUCCUGAAGGAUUCAACAGAUUAAAUAUCGAACGUUAAGAUUGCAAUGCAAGCCAAAGUGAUUUAAACUUUACACACGGCCUUUAAAUUAGUUGCUGGCAUUAUAAUACUAAAGGGCUGCAGUUGUAUCUAUAAUAGCUUAAAGUGAAUCUUUUGAAGUAAUAAGGAUGAGAGUCAACAGAGCCGUUCAAAAAGUGUUGACCUCAAAUUAUAAGUGUAACUACAUUAUAAUCUUAAUGCUGAUGUUGUGUGUAUAUCUGUACACUAAGAACAAAGAAACAAUCCUCGACUGUCAUUCGACCACUGCGAAAAUUUUGACAGAUCUGAGGCAAGAAGAGAAGGUAAAACUAAGACAUCACGAUGACAAUAUCACUUUAUCAAGCAGGAAGAAUGAUAUAAUUGAGAAUAGCAACAACAUAACUACCAUUGGAACUAUGUCUCAAAUAGGAAUUGACAAUAAAACUAUGCCUCGGAUAAGAAGUACCAAAAACAGUUUGCAUGACAGUGCAAAUAGCACAACGUCAAGCAAGCCAGUUAUACAACUGAAUAUAUCUGAUACCAGAAAAGGGAGAGAAAAUGAUUUAAUUGAUCCAGUUAACUAUACAGCUGAAAUCAGCAAUCCACAUGAUUUUGAAUUCACAAUCAAUGAAAAUCAAACUUGCAAGAACGAUGUUUUUCUUCUUGUGUAUGUCUACACAGCACCAGGAAAUUUUGUUCGCAGAACGGCCAUCAGGAGUACGUGGGGAAAUACAACUUCAUAUAAUAAACCUGACAAAAAUGUCAAAGUUAUUUUUUUGCUUGGAAAAACUACUGAGACUCUACAAUCCAAAAUAAGAGCGGAGAGUCUACAAUUUAAGGACAUAAUUCAAGAGAACUUUGUGGACUCGUACAGAAAUUUAACAUAUAAAGGUGUGAUGGGAUUAAAAUGGGUUGGAGAGUAUUGCCCAAAUGCUACAUUUGCUCUCAAAGUUGACGAUGAUGUUUUUGUCAAUAUAUUCAGUUUAGUAAAAUAUUUGGAGAAAAGUAACAGUAAUAAGGUUAUAUAUGGACAUAUGGGGCCAUUAGGAUCAAAGAGACCUGUUUUCAGGGACAAAAAAAAUAAAUGGUAUGUAUCGAGGGAGGAAUUUCCCAUGGACUUUUUCCCACAAUACGCUAGUGGUAUGGCAUAUGUUAUUUCCGGCUCUGCAGUGAAGACAUUAUAUGACGCAUCGCUACAUUUGAAGUUUGUCUCGAUGGAGGAUUUUUACAUUACAGGCCGUGUUGCAAAAGCUGUUAAUGUCACAUUACACAACAUGCAUGGCUUUCUGUUCAGUCCAAGUGUUGAACACUUUUUUAAACAAAAAAAAGAACAAACAGAAAUAAUUCAAAACAAUAACUGGAAGUUUGCAUUCAGUGGAUCAAACAAUAUGACUUCUUUAAAUAUUUUAUGGCAUAAAUUAAUAUCUGAACAAAAUAUGUAACCCAUUUUAUGAUUUUGGAUGUUGUAGGGGAGCCUGAAAUAAUAAUAAUAUUUAAAAAAUAUUACUCAUUUUAAUAUCAAAAUCAUUCAGAUUGAUUUUUAUGUCACCACCAAAAGGGGUGACAUAUUGUUAUAGUCUCCAACUUUUUGUGGAUGGUGUUUGGCAUUUAGCAGUUGGUGUCGGCAUUCAGCGGUUGUCAACUGUGUCAAAUGGCAGGUAGUGAAAUUUUGCAUGUUAAUGCCUUCUUGGUAUUUUGUAGUUGUAAAAAAAAUUUUUUUUUAUUAAAGUGUCCUGGGUUUCAUGUAACAUCGUAAUAUAUAGUAUUAUUAUAUCACUGUCAUAUUCCUCACUCUCUCAUUGGUCCAUGUCCUACAUGUGACUAAAAGAUAACUAGCAAUAUUCAACGGAAGUCACGUGACUUCCGGUGAAUAUCAAAUGAUAUUCAACGGUCAUGAAUGGACAUUUGAAAAACAUUCCCAACCUUGUUACCCACAUGGCCAAUUCUGUGAGUAUGAACACAAUGGUUCCAUUUUCAUUGACCCAUUGCAAUAUUACAAUUAAUUAUAAUGUUAACAUGAAACCUUAAAUUAAAAUACUACACUUUGGAGUUGAUAUUUAUGAACUAUACAAUUUGGUAGUUGAUAUUUAUUGUAUUUAUUGUUAUAUUUUAGAAGACUUAUUAUAUUAUAGAAGAUGUUAUGACAGUGAUAUAAUAAAACAAAUAUUUAAUUCUAUUUUCGGUGAAUACCUGUGACACUUUCACAAGAUGAUAUUUCCACUAGCCCUUCGGGCUUCGUGGAAUAUCACUUGUGAAAGAUGCACAGGUAUUCACCUCAAUAGAAUUAAAUAUUUGUAUAUUAUACAAUUAUUUCAUUCUGUUGAGUUGAAUAUAUGUGUAUCUUUCACAAGCAAUAUUCCCCAAAACCCUGAGGGGUAGGGGAAUAAUAAUCCUGUGAAAGAUGAUUACCAUUAGUAAGCCCUCAGUCAGAAUCCUUUUUGAAUAGAGAGUCAUUCAUUACUUCUGAUUUCGAAUUCAACCUUGUCGGCUGCUCGCAUGUAUCAACCGCAACGGCUUGUUGAUAGUGCACCACAGGAGUUCGAUUGCAAUAAACCGUAAUAAAGCAAUAAACUGUCAACUAUAUGCAGAUAUCAGGCUACAUGUAUUUAAGUUAGACACAUAUUUUCAAACCAAUGAUAUCACCAUUGAAAUAUGUAUGAGCUGGAACUGCAUUCCUUGACAAUAAUCUGCUUUGAAUUAAAUUUUAACACUUCU